AUGGUCGAAGCAAUUGCUGUUAUCCUGGUCAAUGGUGAAAUGAGCGUGGCAAUACCCACUGAGCUGCCCUGCAGCAGACGAGAGUCGGAUGAACGUACGAAGCUGGAGUUACUAGUGCUGAUUGAGCGCUAUUUGUCCUCCAGUCCUUGCAAAAAAGCAGCCGCUGUUCUCCGUCGCGAGAUAGAAGAAAAUGGGAUAACCGACCUCGCUUCUUCUGCUCCAUCACUACUACAUUUAAUCGAACGCCUUUCUGUAUUAGCCGACUCAGCCGUGCCCCCAUCUGUUCGUGGUUUACCUAUUCGCCUGAUCAAUAACAAAAGAAACUGCCUUUUAAGAACUCCAGAAUCUGCCACAAGAAAGGAUUUCUCAUCUCGAAUGUUAGCUUGCCAACCAGUGCCAAAUCACAUUAUUAAUUCAGUCCGGCUUUCAACAUGUCGUGAAUUCGGAACGCGUGUAAGCAGAGCUCGUCUGCCUGGUAUUGGAUCUCUAGACCAGAUGGACCGGCACUAUCGUGUUCUAGGACAUCUUUCAAUGGUGUAUUGUGUGACUUUCGAUCGCACGGGCAAUUACGUAUUAACGGGCGCAGACGAUAACCUCAUUAAAGUUUGGGAUGUACAUCAAGGUCUUUUACGUUAUACUUAUCGUGGACAUUCUGCGGAAGUCGCUGAUGUUAGUGUAUCUUAUUGCAAUCAAAUGAUCGCCUCUGGAAGUGUAGACAAAUCAAUACGGGUUUGGUCCUUAGCGACAGGCGAAACGUUGCAAGUUUUCCACAUACAUACCGCCGUCGUUGCACGUGUAAAGUUUUUGCCGUUUGUUGAUCAUCACAAAAGAUAUCUUGUUUCUUGCGCACUCGAUUGCAAAGUUGUGUUUUAUCCAUUCAACGAGAAUACAAAGGAAUUUGACUCCAGUGAUAUUGUCGUCUUUGAUGAACGAGAAGUGGUGGGCGCACGAAUUAUUUCUUUGUGCCAUAGCCCUAGCGGGCAAUGGGUCGUCGUUGGUGACACCCACUGCUACUUACGGCUAUUCCGAGUGUCGCGCGGGCCAGAUGGAGGUGUCACCAAGUUCACAGACAUAUGUGCACACAAUGAUCGCGUGGACAGCCUUGAGUGGGCUCAUUCUGGGUGCAGAUUCGCUUCAGGAAGUCGUGAUGGCUUGGCGAAAGUGUGGAAGUUCUCAUGUGGAAAGUGGCGAUCUACUUCUCUCAUUGUACCUGGAUUCGAACCCGCGGAUUCGCAUCCAGCCGCGCUGGCAUCGAGUGAGCGGCCUAAAAGCAAAUACAGGGUUACCAUGCUGUGCUGGUCGCUUGAUGAUAGUAUGAUAGUCACUGCGGGCUCGGAUUACAUUUUGCGUGUUUGGAGUAGUUCGGGAGGACUCCUGCGAUGCCUACCAGGUCACACAGACGAUAUAUUCGUAUUGAAAGCACAUCCUGCAUUUUCAAAUGCAAUACUAAGCUGUGGACAUGAUGGCGUGAUGGUGCAUCGCGGGCACUCUGCUCUUUUCGAUCUUGAUAUAUCCCGUGAUGGCUGCACAGUUGCUGCCGUCGAUUCUCUUGGACACCUUACAAUUUAUAGUGUUGCCUCUAAAUCAACGCGGCCCGUGCCGAAGCAGCAGUUCUUCAACACCGAUUACUCGCCGCUGCUUAUGGACGAUACUGGAUGGGUUCUAGAUGAAGCGACUGGUAUCGCUCCGCAACUCCUCCCACCUCCACUGCUGACCGACCAGGAUCUUGUCCCGUUAGCAGACGAGUGGCAAGACACCGUACCGGGUAGAGAUCUGCUGCAAAAGGAGGUGAGUGCUGUCGCUGAUCUUGAGAAUGAGGAGUUCGAAACAGAGUUGUUAAAAGAGCCUGCACCGGAACCCGAACCAAUUGACGCCAUUAUUCCGCUCACGAGCUCUCAGCGAAAAGCAGCAACAAGGUAUCGGGGAUCAGGGUCGGCUGCUGCUCAAUUGGCAGGCCGUGAAGGAAGUGCCAAUCGUAGGAGGCGUCCUCCAACUCUCGAAGAAGCUAUUGCCGCUCAAGAUGCUAGAAGAGCAGCCGCUGAAAUGGAGAAUUACCAAAGCGAUAUGGACGAUAGCUACAGCAACUCAGAAAGCUCGUCAAAUGACGGAAGUUCAGACUCGGAUACAAGCGACUCCGAUUAUGCCGUCCGAGCAAGGAAUCGCAAUCAGGAUCGGGACGAAGAACAGGAAGAUGAAGAGGAAGAAGAAGAGAUCACGCCACCAGAAGUCACUACAUCCUCCGGUCGUCGUGUACAGAGACCUCAACGGAGAGAUGGUGCAAAGCAUAAGAACGCACGUGCAAAAGAACCCCGGAGAAGAGAAACGGAAGAUUCUUCGGCUACAGAAAUGCGAUCUCCAGAAGUUGAAGAAGACGAAACUGAUGCGACUGAUAUUCCUUCAGUUUCUGAUGCUGCUGUUCCUGUAAAAAAACCAAGCCGUCAACGAAAGAAAAAAGGUUUCGAGAGAUCUGUAGUUUUCGACUUUGAUUUUAUCCUAUGCUAUAUAGGCACUCAGAUCUAA